CUUACCCCGUACAGUUAUCGCGGUGCGGCUGAUAGUAGUAAUUGUGUAAAUGUGGAGUUGUUUUAGCUUUGCUGAAAGUGUGUCCUACGUGCUGGUUUUACAGGAUCUGAGUGCAGAAACUACACAAGCGACGAUCGCCUUCUGCAGUCACGUCCUCAUAACACAGCCCUGUGACGUCAUCAUAACACAACCCAGUGACGUCAUCAUAACACAAACCAGUGACGUCAUCAUAACACAACCCAGUGACGUCAUCAUAACACAGCCCUGUGACGCAUACACCACUUCUUUCACGUCACCCAAGUUUAAGUUGUUUCUUUGACAAAGUAUCGGAUGCGUUUACUGCUAACUUGCUUACAACAAUAACUGAAUUUAUGACUAGUCUGCUAGUCCGCUCCAGAAUAUUUCACAUUUCUCACAACCCAAUCGGAUUCAUUGGAAGUGGAAGACUCGAAGUGUUCAAACUAGCUUUUUCGAGGUGCUGACCUGGAAAGGAGAACCAUUUUUGGGACAAGCCGAGGUCACAAACGGGAAAUUUCUUGGCACUUAUCGCACGUGAUCCUAUAAGUCUCUAACCCUAAGCGGAAGUGAGACCAGCCAGCAGCCCUUGACGUCACAUCGUGACGUCAUGUCCUCUGGCCUUGAGCGUGCUGCCUACUCGGACACCACAGUGUUGAUAGAGGGUGCAAGGACUGACCUCACGCCCAACACGCUGACGUCUCUGGGCGGCGGGUCAGCCAUGGACAGCUCCGCAGGGCGACGAGGGUUCGGCUACGACCCCUGGACAUCCAACCACACCUCAGUGCUACUGCUCACGGACAACGGAACUUCCGCCUUCGCCAACACCUCUGGGGUCAGCUUCCUGGAUUCCAACUCCAGCACCGUGACAACUGCCCCUGGCCCUUCGCUACACGACUACACUAUUUUCACCGUGGCUUACUACAUGAACAGGUACUACCUAUGGGUCAUCUUCGCCUUCGGAUUCCCAGGCAAUAUCGUGAGUUUCAUCACUGUUCUGAGGAUGAAGCCGUUCACGUCACCGACGGGCUAUGUGGCAGCCCUCGCGCUAGUGGACAACGCGUGUCUGGUGUUUAAGGUAGGUUCAAACAGCACAGGGGAAACUGCUGUCUUCUCAGUAAAUACAAUCAAGUUUUAG